AUGGAUCGAGAAGACUAUGAUUCGAGAGUCCAUGCAAUGAUCAGUGCCGGUCCGUAUGAGGAAUAUAAAUUCAAAAACGGCAAAACCAAAGAUCCUCUCAACAAAAUGAUUGAGGAAGUAAAUCAUACGCGACAGACUGUGGCUCAUCUGAUGGGCGACGAGAAACUUGAAAGAAAGUUUCAUGUUCCGAAUCCAACGGUGGCAUCUUUAUACUGUCUACCGAAGAUUCACAAAGAUCCCAUUGGAAUGCGACCCAUUUCCUCCAACAUCCGCACCCCCACGGAAAAACUGGCAGCUUGGCUGGUGAAUGAGAUGAAGAAGUACCCUGUUAGGCAUGGGAAAAGUGUGAAAAACUCGAUCGAUUUGGUGAAGAGAUUGGAGGGUUUCAAAUUGCGGAGGGGGGAAAUUUUAGUUUCGUUUGAUGUCGCCGCAUUGUUUCCCAGCGUACCCGUCACCGAAGCCCUGCACAGCCUACGCCGACAUCUAGAACGCAGCCGUGCUCCACCCAACCAUAUAGAGGCAUAUCUAUCCGUAGCUCAGGUAUGCAUGAAUCAAAACUUUUUCACCUUCAGGGGAAAGUUUUAUAAACAGACGUUUGGACUUAGCAUGGGUAGCAAGUUGUCCCCACUGCUUGCAGACCUCUUCAUGAGCGACUUCGAGGAUGAAGCUCAGAAGAAAAAACUGUUUCCGAGAAUCUGGUGGCGAUAUGUAGAUGAUGUUUUCGCCCCGGUGAAGGAGCGUUACCUCGAGCAGACUCUGGCGAUGCUAAAUUCACAACACAACACAAUCAAUUUUACUGUAGAGAGAGAAGUGGAAGGGAGCCUACCGUUUCUCGAUUUAUUGAUCACCAGAAAGGAAGACGACACGUUGAAGUUCGGGUUAUACCGCAAACCCACAUCAACGGAUAGGUAUAUCACAUCUGACUCCAAUCACUUUGGAGCUCAGAAGCAAGCUGCUUUUCACUCCAUGGCACACCGGCUGUACGAUAUACCCAUGGAGCGCGACGAGUUUGAAAAAGAAAAAAGUCGUGUGUAUACAGCAGCUGAGGUGAACGGAUACGACAGGCCUUUUGUGAACAAAAUUUUGAAGAAGCACAAACGGAAAAACCACCGCAGGAACAUUACCACCCUUCAACAGAACCCAGAAGAAACCAGAAGAAUUAGCUUGCCGUUUUACCCCAGGAUAACCAAUCAAAUAAAAACAGCCCUUCGCCGACAAAACCUACACGUUGUGCAUAAGAGCGACAAGACCCUAUGUGACCUUUUAUGCAACCUUAAGGACAAGGUACCGCCGGAUGAACAAUCCGGAAUAUACGAGAUACCAUGUAAGGACUGCCCGGCAGUUUACAUUGGCCAAACUCGCCGGAAAGUAAAGGUCCGUUUAAAAGAGCACAAAAAUGCUGUCCAGUCUUCCAAAGCAACCGAAUCCAGCGUGGCAGCGCAUACAGUAGACUCCCAACAUGAAAUUGAUUGGAAUAAUGCCAAACUCGUCAAAAGCGUAAGAAAAACGUUACACUUAAACCCUUGGGAGUCAAUGUUCAUCAGCAACACACGAAGGCCGUUGAUGAAUGAAGACGACCCGCCCAUUGCGUCGUGUCUUUUUAGUCUGGUAGACACGACUCCCCAGUAG